ACAGUACAACCCAACAUAGUAAUCAUCAAAAUAACAGGAAAAUAACAAGAACAAUAAGAACAAUAUUGAUAACAUAUUGAUGGCAAAAACUCAACUCAACAAAUUCUACCAUUUGGACAUACCCGUACAGUUAGAUGUUCAUCAACAACCCCAAAAAUUGAUCAAUCAAACCACGAAUUGACCCAAUGGAGACAGUAAUUAAUUAACCACGGUUCAAGGUCUUGAAGGUCUUCUCACAAAAGCAUCACCAAUGCCACUUCUCGCUUCGGGUGGGGCAAGAAGCAGCAGCACGAAACAAUUAACACCUUCAUUUAAGAAUGAUCGUUCUACCGGACCCGUUUGAUGCGAUCAUACAGAGAAACCUGUUAGCGAGUCGCACCACUACAGCAAAGGCAAACACUCGGAUACUAGCAACAAAGAAAGACACCAAUUUACCGAUACCGACAUCCACCAAACAAUCAUUUCACUCCAAUACGUACUGUUCCGCGAGGCCUAAUCGUCGUCAAAGACAAUGCGCCUCCAUUGUGCUAGCACACGUGGUCUAUAGCACACUCCCUUUGACGUUCAAGUGCUCCCGGCAGACAGACAUACAUACACACACACACCCGUCUAUUUAAUCCACGAAUGCAGACAAGGAUGGGGAAAUGGAAGCGUGUUUGAAAUUGAUCCCUUAUUUGGCUUCGUAAUCACAUUAACCGCUGCGGCGGACGGAGCGGCGAAUGUAGAGCGGGGGUUUUGUCUUUCCCAACAUCCGAAUGCAAAAAAGCCGGCUCAAUUUCCGCUCCGGCGUGAUUAUCAUCUCAGCAGGCCCCGAUAAUCCGUCAAACGUGGAUUUUAAGUGUUUUUUUCUCUCUUUUUCCCCCCAUUACUGUACAAAAUAAAACAACCAACCUUCCGAGAAAAGGGUUCACCCCUAUGAUGAUGGUUCGGAUGAAAUGUUUUACAGUAAAAUUGAAAUUAAAUUCAACCGCACAUUUGCAGCACUCUGGAGCAGAGCCUAUCGCCCUUCGUACGAGUUGCAAUUUUACUCCUUUUUUGUAAAGAGCGCGAUAGAGAGAGAGAGAGAGUGAGACAUCACACACACAAGCAAAGAGAGUGAGCGCAGCGUGAGCAAAAGCCCUCCAGACGAAAUCGCACGAUCGAAGCACGGAACCCGACGGGCGACGGACACGAACACAUGACACGCACACGCGACAGCACGCUCUUCCACAAAACAAAACAAGAAAAAAGCACGCCCAGUCCCGCAACGUUUUAUCACGCGCGAAUUUUAUCAGUCGCCGUUUGUAGCGCGUCGCGUUCGGACGGUUCGAUCACGUUCGUAACACCAUCGCAGGGACUCUGUGUGUGUGUGUGUUUGUGUGUCAGUGGCCUACGUAGAUUACAAAGUGUUGGAUGAGCCCAAACAGUGUUGUUGGUGCGAGAAAUCUCCAAAACGGUGAACGGACGAUUUGAACAUAUAUAAGUGACAACGCAAACACACCUUCGCAGCUAAGAAUAGCCACAGUCCCUGACAAAACAAAUAACUGAUCAGCUGGUUUUGUCGGCUGCUGCAAAAUAUACAGUGUCACGAGAACCCGAAAACCUACCACUGGCGGUGUGCAAGAACUAGGGACUUUAAACAGACACACAAAGUGAUGCUGAUGUGUGUAUUCAAAAAUAUCUAAAAAAGUGAGUUGCAAAAAAAAGGAACAGGGAAACCCUAACCUAAAAUUAAACCGAAAGCAUACCGUCGCGAUGGCAACCACCCGACGUCAUCGGACUCCACCUGACAGCUUAUCAACUUCUGCCCGGUUCGUGUUGAGCGCAGCACUAUCGCACGUACGGAUUACCACCGGAGGCAGCAGCAUCUUCAGCAGCCGCAACCAUCGGCUCGCCCUAGUUCCGGCGGCGGUUGUUGUUGUUUUAACACUACUCACCCUGCCGCCCGGUACCAACGCACAGCUCCCGCUCAGCCUGCAGAAUCUCGUCGUAGAGAACGUUGCCAUCGAGGAGUGUGCCAGCCCGGCCCGGUCAGCCACCCACUCCUCGCAGCCACACGCCCCACACUCCUCCUCCUCCUCUUCAUCGAGCAAUACGGCCAACCUUCACAGCAACCGUCCAGCAUGCGUGUUUACGCCGCCGAACCGAACCGUCUGCUACCGGGGGUUCGAAACGAAACGCUUCCAGGCGGGCGGUCGGUUCAACCUUACCCGCCGGCUGGUGCUGUGCGAUUGGCCACUGAAAUCGUUCGAUCCGCUCGUGCUCGCCCGGCUAGUGCCGCGGAUCGAACGGCUUGCCAUCACCGGGCGUAUGCUGCAGCGGUUGGCGCACGAUUUCCCGCCCCUGCCGUACCUGCGCAUGGUCAACAUAACCGGCACACGGUUGAACCACACCGGGGUGAACGCGUUCUACGAGCUCGAGCGGCUGCAGGUGCUGAACCUGCGGGGGAACGAGCUGGAACAGAUACAACCGUACCGCUUCCGGAGCGGCCACGUGGAGAUCUACCUGCAGGGUAAUUUGUGGAACUGUACCAACGACAUGAUCUGGUUGCUGAAGGAACAGUCGCGCCAGUACGUCGACAAACCGACGCUGGUGUGCAAGGACUGGAAGUACACCGGCCGGCCCGUCCUUACCGCCAUGGAGUACAAGCGGGUCGUGCGGGAGAGUUGCCUGCACGAAGAGAUCUGGAACUGCAGCUGCCACGUGUCCUACCUGCGGCUCAGCGAUAACGGCCUGUCCUUCCAUCCGAUGAUCAUGGUGAACUGUAGCGACCGCGGCUUCUACCAGCUGCCCCAGUACCUGCCCGGCAACACGACCGUGCUGCAUAUGGCGCGCAACAAGCUCCAGUCGGUGGACAGUUUGACGACGAACGAACACUACCAGAGCGUGCAGGACAUCUAUCUGGACGAGAACCGGAUCACCUCGAUCGACAUCCUCGAGGACACGAUAUGGUUGGACAACUUCCGCAUCCUCAGCCUGCGGGGCAACCGGAUGAAUCGGAUACGCGUGUACAGUGUGGAGCACGCGAUCGAGCGCAAUCCGGGCGUAGGGAAGGUGUACCUGUCGAACAAUCCGUGGCGCUGCGGGUGUCGCUUUGCCAUCCGGUUUCAGCGCUUUCUGCGCAAGCACGAAUCGCUCGUGGCCGACUCGCGCAACAUUACCUGCUACUUUAUCAACGACGACGACGGUCGGAAGCAGUAUUUGCCCGUGCUGACGGUCACGCCGAACGAUAUCUGCCGACCGUCGGAGCACAAUACGGCCGCGUUUUACAACACGCUCAGCAUCAUCUUCGCGACGUUGAUCAUACUGAUAUUCACCAAGCUGGCGUACGAUUACUAUCACUACCGGAAGUAUGGGAAGCUGCCUUGGUUAAUUAUGAAGAUGCCCUGACCGGUGGCGUUGUAAGUACCGGUGGCGGCGAAACGGGCACACAGUACUUAAUGGGUGGAUUUAGGCAGUAACAAAAGAAAAACUCAAAGAAUGAUUGUGAUAGUUUUAAAAACCGAUCCAAAGGUGUUAUACAUCUCGAAAAACGAAAAAAUACGCACAUUAUACACUCAUACACACAGAUGAAACUGUAAAAAAAGAAUCAGGGACUCUAAAACUGAUCGUUCUCAUAUACUACCAUGGGGAAACGGGCGCACUAGCACACUCUAGCAAUAAUUAACUUACAAACUGGGAAUAUAUACGUGUAACGAAACUUUCGAAUAAAAAUUGUUACUUUAUUA